AUGAGGCCCUUUGUUAAGCCAAGACAGAGGAUAUUCACCUUCCCCACUAUUAUAGGCAGCCCUGAGCUACAGAACACCACCCCGCUGCCCUCCAUGUACAUGAGGCCCACUUCUGGCCUGGAAGGGGGGACAAUGCCCUGCUCUCAAGGGACUCCCGAGGCACCCAGUACGCAGAACCUGUCCCAUCUGACCUCCGUCUUCGGCAGCAAUCUGCCCUCCACCCAGCUGAUCUCCCAGCUGCCCUCGGUCUUCAGCCCUAGCUCCAUCCUUGGCAGGACCCCUACCCCGGGGAACGUGUCAAUGCCCCUCCCCACCCAGCAGCAGCCCUUCUUACCCAUUGAGGCUUCAAGCCCCAUCAGCCCCUGCGCAUCCACUCCUUCUGGCCCUUACCCCCCCUCCAACAUGGUCCCCUCCUGGGAUUCCUACGGUGGCUUGCAGCUUCCACCUCCUGUCAGUGACCCCUUUUCCCAGUUCUCCACUAGCCUCUUCUCAGGAUCUGACUCUGGGAGGUCUCCCCUGCCCGCCAUGCCCAGCAUGUCCCCCAUGAACCUCUCCCGCCAUGUAUGCUUCCCUGGGGAUGUCUAUGGUCUCGGGGGGGACUCUUACCAGGCCCCCUACAGUCCUGGCCAAUUUUCUCCCUACUCCCCAUCUGGCACUUUCUCCCAGCUAGACCCCUGCAGUCCACUCACCCCCGCCAGCUCUCCCGGUGGCAGCCCUUUCUUCCAGCUGGCUCCAGACUCUUUUCCCAGCACGGCCUCCAGUCCCUACAGCUCCCUGGGGGCCUGCAGCCCUUUUAGAGUCGUGCCCCCAGCCAGUUCCCCUGACACGUCCAGCCUCUAUGGGCCCAUGUUCCCGGCCAGCUACGUCUCCAGCAUCUAUGGCCCAAUGGUCUCGGCCAGCCCCACUUAUGGAGGCAGCCCACUAUUCUCCAGUGGUCCCUCCAGCCUCUUCAGCCCAGUAGGUGUAGCUAGCUCUCCUGGCACCAUUUGUGUCCCGUCACCCAUCCAAUUCUCCCCACUGAUCGCUUCAUCCCCAAGACCCAUCACACCACCCAUGGGCCAGCCUGCCAGCCCGGAGUCUGCUGAAAAGAGUGAUCGCCGCGCCCAAGCCACUGCCAUGGGCAGAGAUUCCAAGACUGCGACCUUUGAACGUAUUGUGGGGGAGAUCGCCUUCCAGCUUGACCGACGGAUCCUCUCCAGCAUCUUCCCCGACCGGGUCCGCCUCUACGGCUUCACCGUUGGCAACAUCCCUGAGAAAAUAAUGCAGGCUGAAAAUGACACCGUCAACCCCCUGACCGCAGAACAGCGGACGGCCAUGAUGGAUCGCUACAAUGAAAUCAUGAACCGCCUGAAGCCACAUAACUACAACCCCUCCUACCACCCACAGUUCACCGAGCACAUUGUGAACACCUACGGCAUCCUCCGCGAACGUCCCGACGCCACAGGCUCCGAAGCUCAGCUGUACAAUGACCUAACCUACCUGAACGAGGUGAUUGUCAGUGUGGUGCCCCAGGACAAGGUGGCCGACUGCCUGAUCCUGCUCAACUGCCUCCGACAGCUGUCCCAGGCCGAUGGGAAGCCCCUCUUCAUCUGGUGACCAACCUGCCUCUCUGCCCCCUUCCUCUCUUGCGUCCACCACAAGCGCAAUAAACCAUCUGCGAAGUGC